GACUAAUUGUACUACGUUUUAUAUGCCUGUGGAAUUGUAGUUACUAUUUGCGCAUCCUGUUCGGUUUAGUAUUGCGGUCUGAAGCACAUAAAUAUGUUGCGGUGCAUAAUUCUAAAAUGGUUGGUCCUCGGAUCGAGUCUGCUUUCUAUUGCUGUAGUAUACGGUCAAGGUGAUGUGACAACAAAUUACACGACGGGUGGGCUGCAGAUCUUCAGGAGUUCUUACGUGGCAACAGAAUGUACAUUGCUCCUACCAGACAAAGACAACUGCACGUACAAGCCCAGGACAACGCCUCCGCCCCACAAGAAAUGCAGUUUUCCUAAUGCUGUAAUAUAUCCUUUCUGCAAUUUUCAAGUCGAAAUCCUCAGCGAACAAUUGAGUGGGGUCUACGUAUUAAAUGCUAAUGGCGCAGGUGGAGGCAUCGUGGAGAAUAAAUAUAAUAUUUUUCUCUAUACUGGUAUUUUCCCUAACAAUGAAGUAACAGUGAUUGAAAAUGAGAAUGUGUAUCUGCGAAUGGCAGGUUCUUUUGACGACACAAUGAAUUGCGUCGUCUUCUAUCCGAAUGGCACAAGCGAGGAUCUUGUAUCAGGUUCUUCAGUGUCGUCUCCAAAUUACUGGGGAGCAGAAGAUGAAUGCGGAGUUAAGGUUGAUGGUGUGACCGACCAACAUGCAGGCAAAUGGAAACUUGAGGUAACGAGCGACAGCGCGUAUGUGUACACAGAAUUCGAAGUGACAGUGACAUUGCUGAAGAAUAUUGAUACACGACCGAGACCUCCAAUAGAAUGGAUUUUCGGUGAGACGGGUACUGUGUCCAUGUCACGGUCAAACAGCAAAUACUGUGAAAUUUGGAAUCCAAAUAAAGAAUUAGUUCAGCGUGAGUUAGCUUGCAAUUAUACAAAAGACAUCGUUACUGACGCCGAUAACGGCAAAUGGACAAUCGUUUUUGGAAUGAAUGGAAAACUAACUGAGGACAAAUUUAUACAGGAAAUCAAAGUUAUAAAAGGAGAUUUUGACGUGAGUGUAUCGGAAUCGGAAAGGUUUCGAGGGGGCCUGGACCUACUUUGUAGAAUACCCCUAGGACCCGUAACAGACUGCACUUUUACGCGGCCUGACGGAGAAGUUCUUCUUCCGGCUGAAGGCGUAGGGAAUGCCUACUACAGCUACUUCGGUGAUGGCUUCAAUGAUGGAGACUGUGGCCUGACGAUUCACCAACUACAAGAAGCAGACAAGGGCUGGUGGGAAUGUUCAGUGACAGUUGGGGCGACAAGAAGACACGGAUUUCUCAACGUGUCAGCUACUGAAGAUCCAGAUGUGGGGACUGAAGCCCUGACAGUUGUGCAGAAUGGAUCGGAGGUACGCUUGUCAUGCAAGGCCCAGCACUCGCUGGAGUACUGCUGGUUUCGCCACCCCACCGGCUUGCAUAUCCCAUACAGCACCCAGCCGGUUCCUCUAGAUGGGCUGCCAGAGACGUUCUCGCCUCGAUUAUUUCAGUACGAUGACACCUUGCAGUCGGGAGUCUGCAGCCUAUCAGUGUCUAGGGCCAACAUAACUGUGGACCGGGGACAGUGGAUAUGUCACCUGGGAAUCCUGGGCAGUACUGAGGAAGACCACGCAGUACCCAUCAUAGUAGAAGUCUCAGAUAGUGAAGUUAUAAGCUUGGAAAAGGAGCUAGUCCUUUCUAGCGAACCUACAAUUCUAAAAUGCUACUCAGUACCUUUGGGUAGACCUCUGCAAUACUGUCGCUUCCUUCGUCCAGAUGGCAAAGGAUUUAAUGUUGUACCAGGCGGCAGCAACGCGGUGCUGGGCCACUACGGAUAUGAAGCAGAAGGCUUAGAGAAGGGUGAGUGUGGGCUGAGAAUAGUGUCGGGGACUGCUGAAGACGAAGGACAGUGGACUUGUGUGGCAAAGCUUCAAGGAAAGAAGCAGGAAGACCAGGACUUUAUUACGUUAAGGAGAAAUGUUGAACCGAAUCAGACUGUGGAAGACGAGGGGUUGUCUGUUGGAGCCAUCGUUGGGAUUGCAAUUGGUGGAAUUGUCGUUCUACUGGUAAUAGCAGGAACUACCUUCUUCAUUGUACGAUGCAAGCAACAAGCAUAAGGAAACGACGUUUCAUGGAACCAUUACUGCAUUUCUUCAAUAUUAUAUUCAAUCAAACUGAAGAGGACGAACCUCUCCUCGCUUGUUGUAAAACGCUUGUAUCAUCGGCAUAUUAUUUAGCACACCGUUCAUCUCAUAAUCUACGACAUCAGGAGUUUUGAAGAUGUUAGAUCUUAAUUUAUCGGGAGUCAAAUUGGAAGUUUCGGCUACAGAACUAGCAUUUCUGCUGCAGUUACACAAAUAUUUCUACAAACACAUCAUCAGCUGUUUUAUGGUACAGUGUAGCACAUAUUCUGACGUAUUCAGACACAUUUUAUUAAAUAAACAAAAUUGUAAAUUGAAGACAGCCAUCUUCAAUUUACACCGUGAAAACCUCAAAUCCUACAAAUGAGUAAAUUGUUUAUAAAUUUUUGUGUCAAUGUUUCUAAAGACAGAAAGAAAAUGAUUGUCAGAAUAUUUGAAUGCGAUGUAAGAGAAGUAAGCAGAGAAUGGAGACACGUACAUAAGCACUGUCUUAUAGUUCGUACGGUUCACCGGAUAUUGAUAGAGUGAUUAAAUAAUUGAACAUGGGCUGGGCAUGCAACACGUAAGUGGAAGCAAGAAAUUAGAACACAAGAUUAAACGAAAUAUCACAAAAGACCACUAUGGAGAAAUAGUACACGCAUGGGUUAAAUGAAACUAGAUCUUGGAUAAAUAAGAUGUAAAAAUGCGGACUGAGCUGAGUGUAGGAGUCUAGUGCCAGACAGCAACAAAUCCUCAGCUACCGCAAAGGAAAGUCUUUUUUUGUCAAGCUAAGUAACAGUUUUUUAAGGAAGACUAUCAUGGAGUUGGUUUAGCACUAUCAUUGAGUAUUUUAUAUGAAUACUGUCUAUUAUCAGAAAUAAAAAGAACCCAUACGAUGCUUACACGGCUGUCUGUAAAACAGCCUAUAAAAUACAAUAAUUUGUAUCACUAGUUACAGAGAUAGUAUUCACAUAAAACGUAUCUACAGUGUAUAAACUUAAUCGGCCAACUUACAAACAGCCAACAAAUCUACUAACUCUGCAGCGUCUUCCUUGAAAAAAAAAAGAAUGUAGUUAAUUAGCUAGUCAAAAAGAUUAUUUGCUUUUAUAGAACCAGAAGGUUCAUUAAGAUGUUCAGAAACGUCUGGAAUUAGAAGUUAUGUCAAUUCAACCCAGAACAAAACUUCGUGUGUCAUGUCUUAGAACCAUUUUAAUAUUAUCAUUUAUACGGUAUGUCUUAAGCGUGUUCAUGCCUCACAAAUUUAUUCACAUAAUACAAUUUAAUUUUUACAGAACGCACGUUGUAACAAUGCUUAUAUGACGAGUAACAUGUUAUAUGAUUAAGAAGUAUAAUUUUUAUUUAAUUUAGUGUAUUUUUUAAAGAAUUUCAUAUAAAUAACUUAUGCUGUUAUGUGAAGCCUGCCUCUGACCAGUGUGAAUAAAAAUAAAAUCCUCAGAUAACACUUAGCAUAGGCUUUUCGUAAAACUAUACCCAAGUUAUUAGAAUGUACUGGGAGAUUAAACGUAAGAAGCCGCGUUUUCUUAACCUUCAGCACUAGACGAAGAUGAAUUGACAGUUUCACGCCAAGUCGAUUUAUUCCUGAGUGAAGUGAACCUGGUAAGAUUUGGGUAUUAGGUAAAUUAGCCUCAGGAACUGGUCUGGUGACGAAGAGUGAAAGUCCUGCUCUUGACGAAAAUUGGAACCUCAUAGUCUAAGUCCUAGUCAGUCGUUUUGUUCACUUAGUUGUCUUAGCUAAUCAUAGACUUCACGUGCUAAGUUAUGUUUGAAUCUGACAAGUGGUUUUUCAUUAGAAAAUGGAAAACUACUGAUAUGCACUGUGACACGUAUUUGAAAAGUACAUGAUAUUUAGUAGGCAUUUCUUCCGAAAAAAUAUGGCGGCUACGCAACUAUUCUUACGUCAUAUUGGUAACUGACGCCUCAAUGUAACUUGAAUUCUGUAAUUUAUGUGGUACCGUCAUUAGAUAAUGUUCUAAAGUUAAUGUAUCUAAAAACAGUAUCAACAAAUACAGAUGAGAUUCGUUAUUAAAUAAUGAAAUAAAAUGCUAAUGACUGGUUA